AUGACUGAAACCCGUGAAGACCACGUUUACCUCGCUAAACUCGCUGAACAAGCUGAGCGUUAUGAAGAAAUGGUUGAAUCCAUGAAGAAGGUAGCCUCAUCCGACCAAGAGUUGACCGUUGAAGAGCGUAACCUCUUGUCCGUCGCUUACAAGAACGUCAUCGGUGCACGUAGAGCUUCCUGGAGAAUCGUAUCCUCAAUCGAACAAAAGGAGGAAUCGAAGGGCAACGACUCACAAGUCGGUAUGAUCAAGAGCUACAGAGAGAAGAUCGAGCUUGAAUUGGCUAAGAUCUGUGAAGAUAUUCUCGCCGUUCUCGACGGUCACCUCAUCCCAUCAGCCGCUUCUGGUGAAUCUAAGGUCUUCUACCACAAGAUGAAGGGUGACUACCACCGUUACCUCGCUGAGUUCGCAACUGGUGACCGCAGAAAGGGCUCCGCUGAGGCUUCCCUUGAAGCUUACAAGUCUGCUUCUGACGUCGCCAUCACUGAACUCCCACCAACUCACCCUAUCAGACUCGGUUUGGCUCUCAACUUCUCCGUCUUCUACUACGAAAUCCUCAACUCACCUGAUCGCGCUUGUCACCUCGCUAAGCAAGCUUUCGAUGACGCAAUUGCUGAAUUAGACACUCUCUCAGAGGAAAGCUACAAAGAUUCAACUUUAAUUAUGCAACUUUUACGUGACAACCUUACCUUGUGGACUUCGGACAUGCAAGAAUCUGAUUCAAAGCCAGAAGAAAAGUCAGAUGCUAAGCCAGAAGAAUCAGCUCAACCAGCUCAAGGUGAACAAGCGUAA